AUGUUGCGUUGCCUGAACUGCGGGUUACGCGUUCAGCGAAUACAGAGGCAUGUGGUUACAACUCUGCCUCAAGAGUUGCUAAUAAUCCUAUCUAUUUGGCUGAGAAUUGAAUAUCUUCCUAUGGAAGAUGUGUUGUGUCAUGCUUGUUAUGUAUUGAUACAAAAUGCUGAUGUAAACACACCUAGGACAUUAGGUCAUACUAAUGUCUGUGCUGGUUGUGGCUGUUCUUUGAAUGAGGCUAGACUUCACUUUCUUGAAGAAAAUAGACCACUUUAUGAAUAUUUCCCUUGGAUUAGAUCAACACAGAAUGGAAGAGAUAGCUAUGCAGUUUGUCAUAAUUGUUGGCGGCGAGCUAGCCGACAAGCUGCACAAGAUUCUCAACGUGAAAUCUCUAUACCACAGUUGCCAUCUGAACCUGCCCCUGCAUCUGCCCCUGCCCCUCCACCUGCACCUGCCUGUCUGCCAGAUCAAAGAUCCAUUGAAUCGGCCCCUAUCUAUUUACCUCAUUACAAGAGAGCUGCUAGUACAUCACGCCACUGCAUUUAUGCUGAAUGUGGUAAUGCAUCCAUGCAUUUAAUACCAACAUUUAUUAAAAAAAGUAUAAUUACAGAAUACAACUUUUAUGUGCCCCGGUUUGCACAUGUUUGCCAACACCAUCUCUUUUCAAAUAUAUGGCAUGAAUUACCAGAACAAUCAUGUACAAUAUCAAGUUUUACUAUCAAUCAAGUAGAAGAUUUAAUUGAUAUUGCAAAACGAAACACUGUCACAUUUGAUUUUGAACAUGUAGAAGAAAUGCCCAACCACAUAUGUUAUUAUUGGACUGGUCUCGAAGUGACUGAAUUUGUUAUUUUAUUUAAUGAGUUACCUUUAUUUAAUCAGGAGUUUUUUAAUAGAGCUCAUGCACAUUUAAUGAAUGAUUUUAAAAUUGCAGCUGCACUAAUUAAUAGAUUUCAUCCUACAAUUCAAGAUCGGCCAGAUGCUUCUCUUAUAAUAGAAAGGGCCAUGAGACAUGAGACAAAUAUAUCGAGACCAGCAUCAUAUUUAGAUAAUAUAUUACUUGUUAUUGAAGAAUAA